GAAAUAUUUAUGCAAAAGAUCAGAUGAUAGCUACUGAUAUGUAUAAUAAGUUGAAAGAAUUUGCAGAUAAUGGUGAGUUAGAGCAAGAAGAAAUACUAAAAGUCUCAACUAUUCAAGGAUGA